ACGCUCGGUGCUGAGACCAAAUCCGCGCUCACGCACGAAAUCCAUUUACACUCCGGUAGUAGAGAGGGCCCGGAUCGAGUCGUUUUGCUCCGUGAAUCAAACAAUCCGUUCGGUUAAAGCACCGGACACACGGUAGAUCGUUGUUGGAGCGGCCGCGGAGCCUCGGUGACACACACGGACGGAGCGGGAGCGGUCUGGAGAGGAAGAAUGGCGGAUUCGAGCAGCACUGCAGCGGUCGGGGCCGCAGGCUCCAACUGCACUCUGGCUGCUGGGGCGGCUUGUACGGUUCCGCAGGAUAGACCGCCCGCAGCUGUGGGAACCAAGUCCGCCUGCGAGUCCGUGAAGGGCCAGCUUUUUGAUGUUGGCCCCCGAUACACAAAUCUGUCUUACAUCGGGGAGGGCGCGUACGGAAUGGUUUGCUCCGCUAUGGACAACGUGACAAGCCAGCGCGUCGCCAUCAAGAAAAUCAGCCCGUUUGAGCACCAGACAUACUGUCAGCGCACACUGAGGGAAAUCAAGAUCCUGCUGCGUUUCCACCAUGAGAAUAUCAUCGGCAUCAACGACAUUCUCAGGGCACGGCACAUUGACAACAUGAGGGAUGUCUACAUCGUGCAGACUCUGAUGGAGACGGACCUGUACAAGCUGCUGAAGACCCAGAAGCUGAGCAACGACCACAUCUGCUACUUCCUCUACCAGAUCCUGCGAGGCCUCAAGUACAUCCACUCAGCCAAUGUGUUGCACCGUGACCUCAAGCCCUCCAACCUGCUCAUCAACACCACCUGCGACCUCAAGAUCUGUGACUUUGGCCUGGCACGGAUAGCCGACCCCGAGCACGACCACACAGGUUUCUUGACUGAGUACGUGGCCACUCGUUGGUACAGGGCUCCAGAAAUCAUGCUCAACUCAAAGGGAUACUCCAAGUCCAUUGACAUGUGGUCAGUGGGCUGCAUCCUGGCUGAGAUGUUGUCCAACAGGCCCAUCUUCCCCGGGAAACACUACUUGGACCAGCUCAACCACAUACUGGGUAUCCUCGGCUCUCCAACUCCAGAUGAUCUGAACUGCAUUAUCAACAUGAAGGCAAGAAACUACCUGCAGUCCCUGCCUUAUAAAGCCAGGGUCCCCUGGGAAAAAAUGUACAAUGCAGACUCAAAAGCUCUGGACCUUCUGAACCGCAUGUUGACCUUUAACCCUGCGAAGCGCAUCAGUGUGGAGGAGGCCUUGGCUCAUCCUUACCUGGAGCAGUACUACGAUCCCACAGAUGAGCCGGUAGCAGAGGAGCCCUUCACUUUCUCCAUGGAGCUGGACGACCUUCCCAAGGAGAAGCUGAAGGAACUGAUCUUCGAGGAAACGGCUCGUUUCCAGGAAACCUACCAGGGCUCCUGAGACACACAGCUCUAAAGGGUGACAAAGCCACACAGAGGCUUGGAACAAGAUGACCCCAAAACGACAUGCUAAAACAAAAAGAAAAAUGCAUCUUCAAGAAACCAACAAAAAGAGAAAAACAAGAAAUGAACAUUUAACUGCUUAUCUUUCCAUUUCUACUGCAAGAGAGCUAAGUUUAACUUUGAUUUCUGUGGUUGGGUGGGGUGGUAGGGUCUGUGUACUCAUACUGUUUCAGUUUUGUCCAUGUUGGACUCUCCCUCCUCUCACCUCACGUUUCGUUUUUCCCGUUAAAAAUCCUGCCUCAUCCCGUCCCAUCCACAGUAACUCACUGUCCCCCUCCCCUCCGGUUCUCCUCCCCUGCACCUGUUGCUGAUCUGUCUGUCUGAGCUCUCCUCUCUGUCGCUCCCUCUCAUAUAAACUACUGUAUUAACCAACACCAUAACUCUCUUGUCUUGCUCCAUGUAAAUUACAACUUGGAAAAAUCGAGGGCUAAAAGAACGGGGAUGCUAAUUGGGUGUGUGUAUAUACAAAAAUAUAAUUUUUUUGGUUCUUUUUAAGUGUGCUCGCUGCAGUUUUUGUUCGUACGCCGUUGUUUGAGUGUUUUCGGAUCAGUUCAGAGUCGUAUCUGUAUGUUUUGGGGUUUAUAUUUGCAAUUCUUUUUCUUUGGAAAACUUGAUUUUGAGACAAGCAUUUAAUGAUCUUACAGGCAUGUUGGCAGGUUUAUAGAUUUCUUUGUCGUUGCUCUUUUUUUUUCCAAAAACAAAAAACUGUAUGAUGUUCAUAUGAAUGCAUGCAUUCCUGAAAUUAACCAAAGUGGCAGAGAGAUGCAGGAAACUUGGCUGGGGAACAACUUAGGAAUAUCUAUUGUAGUUUUGAAUUGUACCUUAAACACAAAUUUGAUCUGCAACUUGUAUCAAGGGCAGAUUAACUGAACUUAAUUUGUGGAAGGUUGGUUAUAUUCAGGAGUCGCGACAUGAUCGGAACAAAUAGAAAUCAAAGCGCAUAAACUAUAUUUUCUAUAAUUAUGUGUUCAUUUGGAUAACAAAGAUACCUGCGCCCCAUUUUCCAGAACAUUCAUGGUACUCUGUGCCACAUUAAAACUUUUUUUUCUUUUCUUCAUUAGUUUAAUGAUCGCUUUACUUCAGGUAAGUUUUAUAGAUUUGUUCAAAAUGCAUUACAUGCAGAGCAAGAACUGCCAGAAUACUGAUGUUAAACACUGAGAUUAACAUUAAUGUAACAUCCACGUUUGGCUCCAUAGCAUCCAUUUUUCCUUAAAAUACAACUUCUAAUAGCUGAUCCAGUGUCCAUAUCACAUUCCUGUAUAUGAUUACAUUCUCCUCUUGAUGCUAAAUUUAUCAAAAUCCUAAAUUUUCAGAGCCACGUCUGAUAACACCUACAGUAUUCUGGGAAAUGGGGCCUGGUUGACGUCAGCCUUUCCAUCCCACUGUGCUGUUUUCGCACUGUGUUCCUAUCUCCAUUUGACCCACGGCAAUAGAGCUGCAAUGAUUAGUCAGGUAAUCGAUUCAGUCAAUAUAAAGAAAUUAAUUGCCAACUAUUUUGAAAUCAAUUAAUCGUUUCGGUCAUGUUUCAAACAAAAUAAGUCAAACAUUUGCUGGUUCCAACUUCUUAAUGGUGAGCUGCUUUUUGCUUUUGGAGCAAAUUGGGCUCUGGAAAAAUUGUGCUGAGCAUUUUUUUCUUUUUUGUGACAUUUUAUAGACUAAACGAUUAAUCAAUUAUACAUGAAAAUAAAAGGUAGAAUAUUCAGUGAAAAUAAUCAUUAGUUGCAGGUCGUCAGGGCGACUGUAUGUGCACACAGAUUGCAGUCUAACUGACAGCAAAGGCGAAAUGUAAACAGAUUUAUGUAAAAGUGGCCAGUUUAGAGAAGUUUCCAGCGAGCAUUUUCCAGAUGAUGAUCAUUCUGGAUCAUUGAUGUGAAUGUUGAAUGUAAAUGGCCCCGAUUUCUGGAAUCAUGUCGCUGCAGCUCAUCAUUAAUGAACUUGUACAAGAACAGCAUCUCUUUAACGAUUACUGAGAAAACUGCACGUGCUGCUGGUGAAUGCUGCAUUCAUGUCACAUGAGAUGGAUGGUAGAGAUAAGAUUCAACUGUAAACAACUUGUGAGGAUAUUCAAGACGGUUGUAUGAUUACGGAGUGUCGUUGCACAGAUGAUAAAACACCAAAUCCUUCAAGUUUAGGUUUAAUUAUAAGGAACAGCGUUCUCUGGCGUUAAUAUUGUUCGGUUUUCAGGCGCUCUUAUAUGAGUAAAUGCCAAGUUGUAUAUAUCAGAGCUUUCAUAACAGUUGUUGCUACAACUUGGAUUUUCCUCACAUGAAGCAAAUAAAUGGCAAAGAGCUUUCUAUUAUUGUUACAUUUCAUUGUCAGUCUCAAAAAAACAAAAUCUUAAGAACAAAUAACAAUUCCUUUAAAAAAAAACUUAAAGUGCAGCAACAAUCUAGUAAAUUAAAAGACCUAAAAAAAAUUCAAAUAGUACAUUUACUGCAACAGCAACUAAAUGUUGGAAAUGGAAAUGAAGUCCUCACUCUAAAACAGUAGCUGCACAGCGUGGCAAAGAAGAAUUGAUGGUCAGAAAAAGUGCUGUUUUAUGCAGGUGUGACACUAAUUUAAAGUUUGUUGAUAAAUUAAGUGUUAUCAGACUUACAUACUCGUAUUACAGGCAGUAUCGGAAAUAUUCCCGAUGCUAGUAUCAGUAUCAGAAUGACUUUACUUACAAUAGAACCACAUUUUUUAAAUUUCGGUUACAUUACAUUGAAUGACGGUCAAGGUGAGGCGUACAUAUUUUUCCAGUUGUCAGGCACUACCAUAUGCCAAGAACAAUGUAUGUGAGCUUUCAGAAACACUGUUUAAGAGUCGUAAUCAUGAUAACUCUGAUAUGACUUGAAUGCAGCAUAAUCAGCAACAUAAUCCCGGCAAUGUCAGAGUGCUGCACAGUUAUUCCUGCUCAGCGCGCAGCCAAGCAACCGUCAUCGCUCUGUGGUUGUACAGUGUAUAUAUUCCCUCUCUGCCUGUUUUCUGUCUUCAUGUGCUCCUGUUCCCCCUCCUCCGCCGCCUGUGUGCUCUCCUGUUAACAUGCUGGAUGUUUACUCUUCAAUGUGGGUGAUUUAACGCUGCGUCGUUUCUCAGAUGGUUUCUCACGUUUGUCUUCAUCCUCUUUGUUCUGGAUGUGACUGUACUAACUGCUCAGCUCAGUCUGCACUAAUAUCGCCUGUUGCACUGGGACCAGUAGAGAAGCCCCACUUCACAAAGAAAAAAAAAAGGACCAACACAUGCACUGGAUCCCCUCUCUGUCUCUUUACGGGCAGGCCUGUGAGCGCUCGCCGGCCUUGCCCUCUCGCAGCAAAAAUCAUUGAGUCAUGAGCUGUUUUCUCAGAAGCCAUAGCCAGCACUCUGGGAUCGGUGUGAGGCUUUUUGGUGCAUGUGGUGAUACUCAUCCUUAUGUUCGACCUCCUGACUCUCACCACGCUUUACUCAAAGGGCUGCCUCCCCUCCUCCUCCUCCUCCUCUUCCUCCCCUGUCUGUCUGCUUCUCCACAGUGGGAUUUGUAACUCAUAUCACUGACUUUGCUGAUGCUUUUCUCCUCUGAAAAAUCAUUGUCUCGCCUGGAUCAUUCAUGCAGGAAACUUGCAUAACUCAAUCAGCACGCCUGCACUUUGUCUCUCCAGCCGCGCUCUCUCCCUUCGGACGUUUUCGUCUUGUGUCAGCUUUAAGUUUCGCCUGCUCUGUGUGUGUGUAAAAGCUCACGCAUCGUCUGCAGUUAUUUAUGUCUGUGUACAAGUGUUUGUGUGCUCAUCAGUAAAGCCAAGACUCUUUUUGUCCUCUGUGUUUUCGGCCCUCUCCCCGUGCUUCUCUUCUUUUUGUCCGACACAAAAACAGUCAGGCAGAUAUUUUCUAUCAUAUGUAUAUUUGGUCGCCAGGCAACCAGGCCCUGCUUGCUUUUUUUUGUUUUGUUUUUUUUGUUUCCUCUCCUAUUGACCUGCCACCAGACUGGACAUCUAACUGGGAAUGAACCAAGAGGACCACUUCUUUUUUUUUUUUGCAAUCCUCCUGACACACGCACACACACUUCCUCUCUCUUCCUGAGGAGUGUUAUCUGUGUGUUUGUGAAAAGUUGCACUUAAACACACCAUAUACAUUCACACAGUAUCGCCGAGUCUAAAGGCCUGUCCGUCACGAGGCCUGUUUCCAGAUAUUGUUGUUUUUAAAUGGCUGUUCUUAUUAUUGCUAUCGUUGUUAUUAUUGGUGAGUUGUUGUAUUUUCUUUCUUUUUUCUUUUUUUUUUUUUUUUUACAUAAAAGGGAGUUAAAGUUGUUCUGUUUUUUUUUUUUAAUUAGGAUGUUUUUAUUUGUUUUUUCUUCCUCAUUUCUCUUAUGGGCGUGAUGAUUAUUGGCAGUGUUUUCAGUCUUUCUGAAACCUUUUUUUUUCUUUGAUUUCCCCUCCAAGAUCUUAUAAGGAAUUAUUUUAAAAGAAGAUAUAGGUAGAUUGUCAAAGAGAUAUGAGUUAUUGAGGGUUAUAGUCUGUAUAUUCUAUGGGUAUUAUGAAUUAAACAAUUAACAAAGAAACAGAAUUAUAUACAUAUAAUUAAAUAAAAUUUCCUGAUACUGUUA